UGUAGAAAUAAUAAUAAAAAAAAAGCCGACAACACGCUUUAAACCCAUCAGCUAUCGUCAGUAUAUAGCUAGCUAAAAUAGUCAAAACAGUCUCCUCUGUGUUUGGCAGCACAUAAAUCAGUAGUAGCGUUAGUUUACUGAAGCUGCUGUGUUUCACCAUGAAAGGAACUGCUAAAAGCAAGGUGGUGACAUCCGGGAGGCUGACAGGAGGAGUCAAAGGGCAGCUGGCCAGGAGACGAGUGACUCCAAAACCAGGACCAGCAGCCUGCCCUGAGCCAGCCUACUCUCUGUACUCCACAGACUCUGAAGACCAGGUUACUUCUCUCCAUAAGGGUCUAGACCGGUGUGCUGCCUUGCUCGGUGGCAUCCUUCAGGCUGAGAAGACGGCUUUGCCAGGCCUUCCCAAAGCAGUGAAGUGUGGAGCAGCUAAAUCAAGACCAUCUACCUCACGAAUAAAGAAAACCAUCAAGAAUACAGACCAGAAGAGCUGUCAGUCAAGCAGCACAGCUCCAAGAACAACUCCUCCGUCUGCUGUCCCAGCUGCACACUCGCAAGGGAAGCUCCAUCCAGCUCAGAAACACCCUCCCACCCUGCUGCAGUCUCACGUCCCUUCUUCACCCAGCCAAACACUGCAGCAUCACCCUGCCACCAACCCUCCCCCCAAGCCCCAGACCUCCAUCUCUCCACCCCAGCCCAACCCUCCCCCUCAGACUGACUGCCAGGCUGCUUCUGAAGCUCCACGCCCACGUUGCCAGGCCGAGCGCGAUAGAGAAGAGGAGUUUGUUCCUGUGAGAGACAUCAAUGCCCAAAGCACUGCCGCGGACCCACACGCAGCCGUCGGACACACACCCUCGCACGUAAACACCUGUACCUUGAAGAUGUCAAACAUGCAGCUAGAGCUCGGAAAAGUUAAUAACGUCCCUCAGGACCCACACAGCGGGGAGGACUGCAGCGCAGAGAAAGAAGGGAAAUUGAAGACCGUUCAGUAUCUGCUUGCAGAACUCAAGGCUCUGAUCUCCGGACAAGGCAGUGUAGCAGAGAGGCUGCUCAGUCAUCUGGAGCAGACGGUGUCUUCACCACUGAUGAAUGCUGGUGGGUCGAGCAUCCCGACUGCACCAGACCUAUCAUCACUACACAGCCAGAACACUCAGCUCCGCAGACGUGUGAGGAUUCUUAACCAGCAGUUAAAGGAGAAGGAGAAAGCUGAGAGGCAACAGAAUAUGGAUACACUCUUUAACUCAGAAGAGUUGACUUUGCAGGAGGAUCUCACGACCGCUCAGUCCCGAAUGCAGGAGCUCCAGGAUGACCUCGCGGAACUACGGAAAGCCCUUCAGGACACACAGAGCCAGCUGACAGACAGAGAAGCACAUAAUGCAGUCAUCAAAACAGACUUGGAGGCCACUAGAAGCAGGUUGCUGGACAGUGAGCGAGAGAAGAGGGAGUUGGCUUCACUUGCCCAGCAAAGACUGGAAGAGAUAGGAAACCUUAAAAGGAUUCUUCAGAAUCAGGAGUCAUUAAAUUGUCCUACAGCUGUUGACAGCUCAGUCUUAGACACUGUGCCAACAAAACAACAUUUCAACCCACACCAGAACAGACAGGAUCCAGUAGAGCCCCCCACUGACCGCAUCACCCAGUUCCUGAUGUCUCUGGAUCAGCUGGAGCCAACACACACUGAGCACGCGUGCGCGGCCGCAGAGAGCGAAGGAAACGCACUGGAGCAGAAGAAACUGAACUCAGUCCGGCUGAGAGACACUUUAUCACAUCCCGAGGUCCGAUCUCAGCAAGGGGACAAACCCGAAGACUCGGCCCGUCACCAAAACUCUCAUCUUGACCAAUCCCGUUGUUUAGAUGAAGGCCAGUCGUGCGGGUGGCGGCUGGAGAAGAAGCGCAGACGCGUGUUGAACGCCACGCUGUCCCAGUGCGAUGUGGAAUCCGUGUGGUCCGACUGGAGCACGAGGUCAGGGUCGACCUUUGACACCAGAGACGAGGCAGCGUUCAGGGACGGCCUGGCAGCUCUGGACGCCAGCAUAGCCAGUCUGCAGAAGACUAUUCAACUGGAUCUGGGGAAGUGAUUCACACUCAGCUUUGCUUAUAUUAUAUAUUGUAAUUCAUACCCUCUUUUGUAUUCUGCAUUUUGCCUUUUUUUGUGAUGAUUUUAACAAGUGGUAUUUCAGAUAGGAAAUAAAGCAUUUAAAAAAUAAA